GAGGCCGUGGUAUAAAUUCUUGAGAGUGCGCAGUUUGCGUCCUCAGAAGGUGAUGGAAAAGGAGGAGGAGAAAUAGGAAGCAGGGAAACAUUUAGCUUUACUCUAUUUACCGUUUACUGGAUUUAACCGCAGCUGUGAAGGUGCUCUGGAUGCAGAGGGAGAGGAAACCAAAGAACGGAAGAAUUUGCCUCCUUUUAGGUGAUUAUUAUUUAAAAUACGAGCCCAAACUAUCGAGGAACAGACAUGCAAUCAACAGCGAUGGAGUCCUGUUUUCCGCACUGAGCUUCCAUUGCUCCGGUCUUAUUGAUGGCGCUCGUUCAUGAACCCCGUGCCUCCUCCCCCUCCCUGUCUGGCUUCAACACACCCAUCUCUGACCCGCCAUCCUUUCGUCGGCUCGAUGCCGAGACUCCCUGCACUCCAGAAAUGGACCUGACCCCGACCCAGUGCGUUCUCCGGAACGUCCUCUCCAUAGACACCGGGGCUGCUGUGGAGCCUGGGGGAGGAGGAGGAGUGGGAGAGGGGAAGACUCCCGGGCACAGUCAGACACCUGGUGAAGAACAACAAGAGCACUUUGCCAACAGUGUGCUGAAACUCCAUGAGCAUGAGGGGAGCAGUGGAAGGACAGAGGGAGAGGGACAGGAUCCGGACCGCCCUGUAGUCAGAAGCCAGGCGGAUGACGCCAGGUUGCAGUGCCAGUCCACGGGAGGUGGAGGAGGGUUUCUGGAGGGGCUGUUUGGGUGCCUGCGGCCUGUCUGGACUAUGAUUGGCAAAGCUUACUCUACAGAGCACAAACACGUUCUGGACGAGGAGUGGGAAGUCCCGUUUGAGGAGAUUUCGGACCUACAGUGGGUGGGCAGCGGAGCCCAAGGUGCUGUUUUUCUGGGGAAACUCCACGGACAGGAAGUAGCUGUGAAAAAAGUACGAAACAUCAAAGAGACUGAUAUCAAGCACCUGAGGAAGCUCAAGCAUCCCAACAUAAUCACUUUCAAAGGUAUUUGUACUCAGGCUCCAUGUUACUGCAUCAUUAUGGAGUACUGUGCUCAAGGACAGCUGUACGAAGUCCUGAGAGCGGGCAGGAAGAUCACCCCAUCCCUGCUCAUGGACUGGGCCAUGGGCAUCGCCGGGGGAAUGAACUACCUUCAUCUCCACAAGAUCAUCCACAGAGACCUCAAGUCACCUAACAUGCUCAUCACCUAUGAUGAUGCAGUGAAGAUCUCAGAUUUUGGAACCUCCAAGGAGCUUAAUGACAAGAGCACGAAGAUGUCUUUUGCCGGGACUGUGGCCUGGAUGGCUCCUGAGGUCAUCCGCAAUGAACCCGUUUCAGAGAAGGUGGAUAUUUGGUCAUUUGGCGUUGUGCUGUGGGAGAUGCUGACGGGGGAGGUGCCCUACAAGGACGUGGACUCCUCCGCUAUCAUCUGGGGAGUGGGAAACAACAGCCUGCAGCUGCCUGUGCCUGAUAGCUGUCCAGACAGCUUCAAGCUACUCCUGAAGCAAUGCUGGAACUGCAAGCCAAGAAACAGACCUUCAUUUCGACAAAUCCUCCUACAUCUUGAUAUUGCCUCUGCAGAUAUACUGUCUACUCCACAAGAAACUUACUUUCAGUCUCAGGCGGAGUGGAGAGACGAGGUGAGAGAUAACUUUGAGAAGAUUAAGUCUGAGGGGACGUGUCUUCACAGACUGGAUGAGGAACUCAUCAAACGACGCAGAGAAGAACUCAGACAUGCACUGGACAUCCGGGAGCACUACGAGCGGAAACUGGAGCGAGCCAAUAAUCUCUACAUGGAGCUUAACGCUAUCAUGCUGCAGCUGGAGAUCAAAGAGAAGGAGCUUCUCAAGAGGGAGCAGUCAUUAGACAAAAAAUACCCCAGCUGCUUCAAGCACCACAGCUCCAGACAGUCGGCCUCCUCCAACUCCAUGGAGAAGCUCCUGAAGAAACGCAACGUACCGCAGAAACUACCUUCACACAGCAAGAGACCAGAUUUACUGAAGUCAGAAGUCAUCCUGCCCAAACUGGACUCAUCUAUGACCCAGGUCACCAUCCCCAACAAAGGCUCCACCUCCCCUGGCCGCUCUCGCCGAGGAAAGCCCCGCUACAGGAAGGCCGGCAAGGGCAGCAGCAGCGACCUGGCUCAGCUGAAAGCCACUCUGUCCUCCUCCCUAGCAAUGAUCAAUGCCACCUCAUCCGUUCCCAGCAGCAAGCACCGUCUGGACCCCACAGCGGCGAUCAGGGGCCUCCAGCAUGACCUGCUGCUCAAGAAGAUGUCCUCCUCCAGCCCUGAUCUCAUUUCAACCACCCUGGAGGCAGAGGUCCGCAGGAGGGGGCAGCUAAGGCCUGGAUUGGACAGAGCAGGCAGUCUGAGCGCCUCCGCUGGGCUGGAAGACAGCGGAGAAACAGAGGGGCCGAGGGACAGGCAAGGUGUGGGGGUGGGGGGUGAUGACCUGGUUGAGACGCCCCCACGGAGCGACACGCCCAGUGAAGAUGCAGCAUCCAUUCCAUUCUCCAGCAGCCCAGAUUCACCGUGUGGAAGAGGGGCCGCUGCAGGAAGAGCGUCUGUUCUGGGGAAUGCUCGGGUCUCCCAUGAAGUGGAGGACAAAGAGGAGGGGACAGUGAUCACACGCUCACCCAGAAGUCAGCGCCGCCUCACGCCCGCAGCCUUACUGUACAGGGCAGCAGUCACACGCAGUCAGAGACGUGGACUUUCUUCAGAGGAAGAGGAGGGAGAAGUGGACAGUGAGGUGGAGCUGCCCAGGAGACGGCGGCCAGUGAGCAUCUCCAAAUGUCAGUCGCUGUCAAACUUCAGCCUAGAAAACCUAUCAGUGUCAGACGGCGAGGAGGGCAACACCACUGACCACUCCCACAGUGGCACACCCGACGUAGUCAGCACUAACACGGACGAGCGGCUGGAUGACAAAAGUGACGACUUGCUGUCUCAGGGCUCAGAAAUCCCAGCUGACCCCUGUGAUCCAAGCCAGCUGGGCUCUGAUGGACUGUCUGAGAGAGAAGCUGAAGUACGACAAGUCAAAACGCAGCUCGCUUUGAGUGAACAUAACUGUGAGGGCCUGUACGAUGACUCGGACUGCGACAGUGCAGAACUGGACCAUUCAUGCAGCGCAGAGCCCAAUCAGCCUCCAACCAACUGGUGAAACCCAAACAACCGAACACACAAGAUCUGUACAUCUACAUCUCUGCAUCCUUCUUUUACUGUCAGACAUUAGAAAACCCACAGAGACAACCACAGGAGGGAUUGAAUGCAGAAAGGAAAUGAAAACCUUAUCAUAAAAUCUGUGGAUGUAAAACUAGAGGCAAAGCAAAGCAAUCCGUUUUCAGCUCCAGGACACUACAUCUCAGAGAGGCCAGUGACAAGACUAUCCGUUCAUGUCUUCAGUCAUCUUCCAUGUUGAUUUUUAUAUUUAUUUAUUUUAUACUGUCCAGUGAAAAUAUGAUUAGGAGAUCAUUUCAGGAUUUUUAUACCAAGUUUGACCUGCACUUAUUUUUUAAGAUCUACUUUCAUAAUCUUUUUCCUUUAAAUAUUAUGCACUUAUUUUAAUGUGAAACGGCUGAUAAAAAAAAAAACUGUUUACAUUUAAGGUUGUUUGCAAUUAUUUAUUAUCAUAGUUUUUCCAUUCAUUGCCAUUGUUAAUAUAAGAUGUUGUAAAAUGAACAAAUGUUUUUAUACUUGAGAUUGUAUAACUGAAGGUGCUGACAUUCCUCAGCAGGUGGCGCUAUUAUAUAAGAACCUCAUAAAGCUUUUGCUGGUAGAAUGUAACUUUACCUGCUGUUCAUGUCUGAUCUAAAACAUAAAAAGUAUUGCAGUAUUUAAGUAUUUUGCAGGGGCAAAUGUGUUUUUGGAGAGUUUGAAGGGUUUGUAAUAUUUAAAAAGCAUGUUUGUAAGAAAAAGUAUGCAUAUUUAAGAUGUUUUGAUAUUUCAGUCCAGAAAAUAUUGUUUUUGUGAAAAUUAAACCAACUCUUAGAUGAACAAAUGCUGAUAAAGCAUGUACAGGUGCACCUCAGUAAAUUUAAAAACUAUCAUCUGGAAGGUAAUUUAUCUCAGUAGUUCAACUCAAUAGGUGAAACUCAUGUACUAUAUAGAUUUAUUACAUGGAGGCCUGCAUUUUUCAGCAAUUUAUUUAUUUUUUAUUUUGAUGACUAGUGAAUAAAACCCCAAAUUCCAGCUUCUCAGAAAGUUUAAAUAAUUGCAGUCAUCUUUAGCAAUUCACUUUUUCAGUCUCAUUAUGGAGGGGUCAGUGAGUAUCUGCAGGAAGAUGAGUCAGCUAUUUUGUACAUGUACAUGAUUGUGUUAGCUAUAACAUGUCAAUUAAAAAUAUUUUUUGUUAUUUCGCAUAUAGAAUUGGUUCGUGUAGUAUUCUAACAAACUGAAUUUCGGCCAUAAUCACCAAAACUAACAAAGUAAUGCUUAUAUCACUGUGCAAUAUAUACAUGGGAUUACAUUUUUUAAAUUCAGAAACCUUUUGUUGAUAUUCUAAUUUAUUGAGAUGUGCUUUUUUGGCAAAUAAAUUAAGCGUUAUUCAUCAUCCGUUGGCAACUUAGACAAGACAGUUGAACACACAAUAGUUCAUGUUUACUGAAUGCAAUAUUGUUCAACAGAAGGAAAUAUGAACAGAGGCUCAGUUAUUUACUAUAAACUUGUUAGUGCAAAGGAGAUACUUGUGGAGAAAUUACUAAGUACAUCUUUAUUCCCCCCCAUGUCAUAAGAUUGGCAUGGACUGUUAAAAAAAACCAAGAACACAAAGCUUUACUAACUAUCGUUUCAACGCUUGCACAAAUGACUCAAUGCUCAAGUAUUGAGCCUUUUGUUGGUCUAUUUGUUUUUUCCAGCCAAGAAUCAAGUGAUCAUAAAAACUGGUGCUGAUGUCUUUUUACCUUGCACUUGAACUUGGAUCCGUUCCACAUUUCGAUACCUGACCAGAACACUUGAUAAGAUAAAAUAUGCAGCUUUUUGUCAAUUGUUUUGUUUCUUAUUUACAUUGGUAGACCUUUUUUAAUCAACUCAUCCCCCUCAAAAUUUGAAAUCCUUCAAGAUAAAAUGUUGUCAAUGAGACAAACUACUGCCCUCUAGUGUUCUGAACUAAUAUAAAAUUGAGCUGAACUGAAACAUUUUCUACUGCAUCGAUGUAACUGUACAAUAAAUAUAUUUAAGAAACAAUUUAAAAAUAAAAUCCAACUUGCAAAAUUUCAAACUUUGUUCUUAAAUGCUUUACAAGAGGAAAACAUGAGGCUGGAGGUUUUGAGCAUUUCACAUCUUUAUUUCUGCAUUUUUUAAACAAUGUGGCACCCAGGUCUACAGUCUCAAAGAACGUGCACAAUUUUUUUUUUUUUUUUUGUCCUGCAAAUAAAAAAUAAAAUAAGUUCUGAGUUGAGCAAAGCAAAGAGCAGGAAUUUAGUGUUAACUCACAACCCUUUUCUUUGUCUACUUCAUAUGUGUUCUCCUCAGCCUUGUUUACAUUUAUUAGACAAAAAUUCAGUCCAGAAGUUAUUUCCACUUUGGUAGUUAAAAAAAAUAAUUCUUCCAUUUAAAACAAAUAUUCCAACUUUUUUUCUUUUUCAGUAUAUAUCAAUUUAUACAAAAGAAAAAAUUGAGGAUAACCCUCUGAUCCUGAUCCCUUGAGCCAAGCCCGAAACAUCCCCCACCACCCCCAACAAAAUCCUCCAAAACCAGCAAAAUAAUCAACAAAUGAUCUGAGGACCAGGAGGGCGGGGAGGGUGAAAAUACAACGGAAUGACAUGGAGGAGAGGAAACAUGACAUGCUUUGUAAUACACAUCUGAAUAAAUUAAUCUGAAUGUUAGAACAUUUGUCUUCAUUACCAAAUAUAUUCUGUGAUAGUGCAGCUACAGCUACGUCUUCUCAUCAGGUGACAUUAAGUGUUACAAGCGCUUCGGAUGCACUUCAGUUGAAGAGGGUGACACAGGGUGAGGAUGCUGUGUAUUCUUAAAGCAAGUACAUGAAAAACCCAACAGGUAGGAAUAAAAAGAAGAAAAAAUUAUGUAUAUUGACAGAAUAAAACAGUCACUCUAUUUUUACUUUUGAUACAUUUUAUUUUUCCUCUUUUCCUGUUCAAAGAAAAAAAUUAAUGACUGUACAGAACUAAGUCUAUAUGCCCUAAAUCAGAGUUUUCAAACUCUACUUUCUGUCAUGGAAAAAAAAAGAAAAAAAAAAAAGAAGAA